AUCCUAAUUCUGGUUAGAGCACAGUUCGUCCUCAACCCUUCUCCAAGAAUGUAUAGAACAGUUCUCUCUCUUCUCCUGGUCCCAGGACUAAUCCUUGUCUCGGCAAAUGAUUUAGAAAACUCUGUAAUUGAGUUUCCAAGUAUAGCUGGAUUCGAUGAUACAUCUGUUGUUGGAGUACUUUUUAACACAGGGAAGAAUCUAAGCGAGUAUAUUCUAAAUGAAUCUCUGAACGGACUCCGAUAUCCCUUCAAGCUGCUCUCAGAUUUCGCCGAGGUCGUGGCCGCCGAUCACAAGAAUCUUGGGGAGAAGGGGGUGGCGAUCAUCAAGCUGUUUGUGAUGAGGGUCGAGAAGGGAGCCACGUACCAUCUCCACUACAUGCAGAUGAUCUUCCAGAUCUUUUACAAGAUGAUCAUAAACAUCGUGGCUCUCAUCCCGGGCUCAGAUAGUUUGCAACCACUCUUGUAAAUAAUUACAUUUGUGUUCUGACAUUUGUUGUUUUAUUUUAAUGAAUGUUAUGAAUUUGAUAAAAUGUACUCAAAGUUUUGUCCGCCGGUGAAAUCACUAAAUUGUAUAAAUUGUAAUGUAAAAUUCUUAUUCACUAAAUAUAUUUUUUUUUGACAAAAAGGUCUGUAACAUAUUUUGUUUAUACUUUCCUUGAAUAAAUGGUUUAAUU